GGGAACGGCCUCCUGCUGCGCGCUCCCGAAGUGACAAGUCGUAAGUGUGCACGCAGAGGUGACGGUGCCGCCCCGGAUACACCGAGUGACGGGGUCCUGGGAAACAGGAGACACUACGGUGAUAGGGAGAACCACAGAACGGGUGAGGAGUUAUUCGGAAAGAGACGGCUUCCGGGAGAACCAGGCCUGCAGGAUGAUGUGAAAGUUAGAAGAGUAGCGACUGUCACUAUGACUGUGGGAUUAACACAUAUACAGGCAAUCUAAUGGAAAGUGACUCGCCAUUUAAUCCUCAUCCCAAACUUGGAGAUCUUCUUGAUGCUAUUGUCAAAAUUUUCAUUGGUGGAUAUUUCAGGCGACCUUGCAUCAUACUGCUGCAGAUGAAGUGUUGGAAUUGGAAACAAUUAAAAUGAGUUGGCUUUGAAAAUUAAGUCUCAUGAAUGUUGCCGGUUUUUAAAAACAAAAUAUAAAUUAUUUUGCUUGUACUCUGAGGAUUCUAAAAGCGUAUCAACUUUGCCCAGCUUUUCAGUGUCCUGUUGAGCUGGUUUUGCACUGGUUUGAUCUGCAGGAGACUCGCCUUUUGUGCCUCUCUGCAUUGUUUGUUUUGUGCAAGGCUCCCUGUACAUUUGCAGGAGCUUUAAUGUAAAUGACCGAAGGCAUGAAGGCAAUGGUUACUGACACAGUCUGAAGUAUUCCCCUGGAAUUGUGGAGAGAGGAUCAAGAUAUGGCGUCCCGAGAGAGGCUCUAUGAAUUGUGGAUGCUAUAUUGCAGUAAGAAAGAUCCAGACUAUCUCCGCCUAUGGUUGGAAAGCUUUGUAUCUAGCUAUGAACAAUUUCUCGAUGUUGACUUUGACGAAAUGCCAACCAGGGUUGAUGAUGAGCCACCAGGAUUAUCUCUGCUUCCAGACCAUAUACUGCAAGUACUUCGACUUCAGCUGCUAUACUGCGUGCAGAAGACAGCGAACGGCUUGGAGGAGGAACAACAAACACUAUCACUGUUGCUUGUCAAAUUUUUCAUCAUAAUUUGCCGAAACCUGUCUAAUGUAGAGGAGAUUGGAUGCUGUUCUUACAUUAACCAUGUGAUCACAAUGACAACACUUUAUGUGCAGCAGUUGAAAAGCAAAACUAAAGAAAAGGAAGUGAUGGAUCAAUCAUCCAUUGAGGACUUUGUGAGACAUGCCUUGGUCUUUUGUGAGAGCCUGUAUGAUCCAUAUCGAAACUGGAGGCACACAGUUUCAGGAAGAGUUAUAAGCCCAGUGGAGAAGAGCAGACAGAAGUACAAAGCAGCAGCACUCACUGUGGAAUUUAUUCCUUUCUUUUACCAGUGUUUCCAAGAAAGUGAACAUCUCAAAGAAAGCUUAAAGUGUUGCCUGUUGCAUCUCUUUGGAGCAAUUCUGUCUGGGGGACAGAGAAAUGCUCUCCAGGUCAUUUCUCCUGCCACCAUGGAGGUCCUAAUGCGAGUCCUAGCAGACUGUGACACUUGGGAUCACUGUGACGGCAAUGAAGUGAGUCGGAAGGCCGAGAUAACUCUCAAAUGUUUGACUGAAGUGGUGCACAUCCUGUUGGUCAGCAGCUCGGACCAGCGGCAGGUGGAGAUAAGCACGAUUCUAGAAAACUAUUUUAAGCUACUGAACUCUGAUCAUUCAGCAUUACCAAGCUUGAGGAGAUCCAGACAAUGGGAAAACAGAUUCAUCACACUACAAAUCAAGAUGUUAAAAUGUAUGACUGCCAUGUUAAAUUGUGCAGACAGGCCUGUCCUUCAAGCUAUUUUUCUAAACAGCAAUUGUUUCGAGCACCUCAUCCGGCUACUUCAGAAUUGCAGGCUUUUGUUAAGCGCUAACACUACAGGGGCAGACAAGAGUGAAAAAGACCUUGCCAACAAAUUACUGACAGAAAUGAAUGAAAAUCAGGUAUUUCAGGAAAGACUCGACUGCUUGACAGUCAACACUAUUCAAGCACUUACAGCUGUAAAGCACAAGUCUCCUGCUGCAAAGGAAGUAUUUAAGGAAAGAAUUGGGUACACACACUUGUUUGAGGUUUUAAAGUCUUUGGGUCAGCCAUCAAGGUUCUUGCUGGAGGAGCUUUUUAAUAUGGCUGUCGAAGGAGAACAUACUUCUGUUGGAAUUCUAGGCAUCAGUAAUGUCCAACCCUUGCUGCUGCUCAUUCGGUGGCUUCCGGAGAUAGAAUCCCAUGACUUACAAAUCUUUAUCUCUGACUGGCUGAAAAGGAUCUGCUGCAUAAACAAGCAAAGCCGCACAAUGUGCGUGAAUGCCAGCAUGGUCAUUCGCAUCAUAAACACUUUAAACUCUCACCUCUCGCUGCACCGGUGCUGUGCUGAGAAUUUGAUUGCCCUCCUGGGUUCGUUGGGUAGCCUGUCGAUGAGUUCAGAGGAGCUGUUCCAUCUUAUCGGAAUACUGCGUGUUGAUGAUCACAAGCAGAGCCACCCCUACGUUAUUCCUGUAACACGUGCCUUGCUUGCUAUAGCGCGGAAGCAAGGAUUGGAAAGUGCCUUGCAGUACUUUAACUUGUCCCAUAGCUUUGCGGGCAUUGCUGUGCCCACUAUUCAGAAAUGGCCUGGAUCUGCAUUCAGCUUUUUUGCUUGGUUUUGUUUGGAUCAAGAUCAGUCAAUUCUUGGGGGGAAGAGGAAACAGUUAUACAGCUUUUUUACAGAUAGCGGCAUGGGAUUUGAAGCUUUCAUCUCAUCCACAGGAGUUCUAGCUGUUGCAGUUUGCACGAAAAAAGAAUAUGCAACAGUUACGCUUCCUGAUUAUUGCUUUUGUGAUUCCCUGUGGCACAGUAUAGCAAUAGUACAUGUGCCUGGAAAAAGACCCUUUGGACAAAGCCUUGUCUGUAUUUAUGUGAAUGGACAACAGAAAGCCACUGCCCCGCUCAAGUUUCCGUCCAUGAGUGAACCUUUCACCUCAUGUUGUAUUGGAUCAGCUGGUCAGAGGACCAACACUCCACCCCCAUCUCAAAUUCCAGACCCACCUGUUUCUCCUCCAAGCGGGAGCAGCAGAUCAUCAUUGAGUGGUAUUCUGUCAACCUCAUCAUGGACUGGAUCACAGGGGAAGACAGAUUUUGUAACAAAAUCUAUUUCAGCUGGUACCCAGGAUAGUGAAUGGGGGACUCCCACAUCACUUCAGGGGCACCUUGGCUCUGUUUUCAUUCUACACGAGGCACUACAAGCAACCCAAGUUAAGGCUUUGUACUUGGCUGGCCCAAACUGUUUGAGUCCAUGGAAAUCACAGGAAUCUGAGUUAUCUGAUUUACCCAACAAACUGCUUAUAUGUUAUACUCCAAAGGCAUGCAGAAAUCCUAUAUGUCUGGACUUGUCACCCAACCUUUUGCAUGGAAGAUUAACAGGGAACGAAGUUGUGAACUGGGACAUAAAGGACACAAUUAACUGCAUUGGCGGCUUAAAUACAUUAUUUCCGAUUUUGGAGCAAAUCAGCUGCCUAAAUGAGCCUCCCCCACUUGACUCCAUUGCUUCAACUCCAGAACUUUCAACACCUACAGAAGGGGAUUUUGUGGUUCUGUCAUCUACAAAAGCAUCAGAAGCACGGCUGGAAAAAAAUAUUGUUGCUACUUUUGUGUUGUUGAUCAAACACUUCAUUCAGAGACAUCCGAUAAACCAGGAGAACCUCAUGCACUCUCAUGGAGUUGCCACAUUAGGGGCUUUGAUGCAGAAGGCACCAGGUAAUUUUAUGGAUGUGAAUGUGCUGAUGGCAGUGCAGUUGCUGAUUGAGCAGGUAUCUGUGGAAAAAAACACCCCAUUACUACAGCAAAUGUACCAACAUUUGCUGUUUGAUUUCCGCAUAUGGAAUCGUGGUGACUUCCCUUUUCGGAUUGGGCACAUACAAUACCUCUCCACCAUAAUCAAGGACAGCAGAAAAUUAUUCCAAAAGAAGUAUGGUGUUCAAUUUCUCCUGGACACAAUCAGAAUUCAUUACAGCAAGGAAAGUUCUUUGGCAUCUGAUGAUUUGACAACAAUAAGGACGUCCCUGUAUGGGCUGAUUAAAUACUUUUUGAGUAAAGGUGGGACUUAUGAAGACAUACAAAGCAUAAUCGGAUAUGUAGCUGCCAUCACUGAUGAAGAACAGCUCUGUGGGAUUCUAGACGUGAUCCUUCAUCUUCUGAUGAACGGCUCAAAUCGGGACCAACUAUUCCUGCUUCUCUUUGAGCCAGGAUGCGGAGACCUUUUUUAUGCCUUGUUGCUAAAUCAGAGAUAUUCUGACAGACUGAAAGAAAGAGUCUUCAAGAUAUUUGACCAGAUGCUGAAAUGUACCAAGGUGUAUGAAAAGAGCAAACAGCGCAUUCGGCUGAGUGAAGUUGGCUACUCAGGGCUGGGCUUGUUAAUGAAUGAUACUUCUGUUACCAAUGUAGUAAUAAAGGGACUUCUUAACCAAAUCAUCAGUGCAGAUGCUGCUAUAAAUUACAAAGACCUGCUUGCAGUGGUGCACUUAUCUCACAGAUCAGACCUUACAGUUCGACUAGCCAUCUGCAGGAAGAUAUUUCAGAUUUUACAGUUUCAGCAAGAUGCUGCUAAUCAGAUGGUUCAGCAGUUAGGGUGGCAGGAGACUUUGGUUAGACUAUUUCUGAAGGAAAACUCUGAGUGUAAGACCAGCACUAGAGUGGCUUUUGGAGAUAACACAAAGGAAGAGGAAAUGAAAACCUUCAAAGAAGACUUGCCAAAGAUUUAUCCUGAAAGAGUACCUGUGGACUAUAGUCUCUCCUCCAAUGAUAAUACAUGCAACAGCUGGUCUGUUGAGAGCAGAUCCCUUAAUUCAAGUAUCCAGUCAGCAUGCACAUUACUGGAUGAUGAAAAUGUUUCCUUUAGUGAAGCACAGCUAAAGGUGGAGGAUCAUGAUGAUUUGUGGCCUGGGGACCAUUCACGUCUUACUUUGGAGCUAACUCAUUUCGAUCUGGAAGAGAAUGAAAACCAAACUCCAGGGAGCUUGACCAGUACACCAUCGCCUGUAGAGGUCUCAAAGUCAUUUAGUGUUAAUCAGUCUGAUAAAGAAUCCAACAACUCAAGUGACUUGCUUUUCAGAGACAAUAUCUCCCUAAGUGUAAACUUGGAAAGCACAGAGGACUGUGAGGAGGAGCUUGUACAAUUGUUGACUGACAUUCUGCUUUGCCUGAUGUGGAAAGGUCUUGAUAAAUCAGAUGCGGCAACCUGGAAUGAACGAGGCCAAGUGUUUUCAGCUCUAAGCCAUCUGGGGACCACUAAUGAGUUGUUGCGACCAUCAGAUGAAAUUAAGCUGACUUUAUUAGAAAAGAUGCCUGAAUGGGCAGUAACAGAAAACAGAGAACCAAAAUCUCAACCCCUUCAUUCUGAAAACGCCAAUCGGUUACUGCACAUUGUGCAAGAUUUUUUGCAGUCAGAGGGACUUGUCAAUUCCCGCAUGUGGACUGAAAAGCUGCUGGAGGAAAUCGUGACACUAAUGGACAGCCUCUCAGUGUGGUAUUCUGCUGGCCCAGAAUCAGAGACACUUUCACGAGUAGAGAUUCGUCUCUUACUUGGUUUCAUUGCUCAGGACAAUCUGCAGGUGUGUGCCAUGGCUACAGCAAAACUCAACACCUUGCUACAGACUAAGGUGAUUGAAAACCAAGAAGAAGCAUGUUACAUGCUGGGGAAACUGGAAGGCAUCCUUGGCAAAUCCAUCCGGGAGAAAAGCGAAACCUACUCAUUCCUUAUCCCUAUUGUACGCACCCUAGUAGUCAAAAUCUAUCAGCUGCUGUAUAUGAACCUCCACCUGCCUUCUCUCCCGAUCACAAAUGGCAGCCCUUCAUUUUAUGAAGAUUUUCAGGAGUAUUGCAAGUCUGAUGAAUGGAGAGUCUUCAUUGACAAAUAUAUUAUACCAUACAUGAAGCAGUAUGAAGUGGACACAUUUAGCAAAAUUCAUGAGACUAUGGCUUUAUACUGGAAAGAAUGUUAUGAAGCACACAUGGUGAAUGUGCAUAAACGCGAGAGGGAACGGGGCGAAAGUAAGCUGAGAUUUCAGGAAUUCUUUUUGGAGCCGUUUAACAGGAAGACACGCCAAGAGAACUUGCGUUAUAAUAGCAUGCUGAAACAAACAGCCAACCAGUAUACCACCACAUUAAGGCAGUGGAAAGCUGCACAAAAAUACCUCUUCUGUGAACGUGGGCCAUGGGCUGACAGGGAACAGAAUGUGGAUAGAUGGAAACUGUCCAAUGUGGAAAACUACUCCCGAAUGAGACUCAAGUUGGUGCAGAAUAACAACUUUGACCCUCAUUUAGAGGCCAGUGCAUUUAGGGACAAUCUUGGGGUACAGCAGACAGAGCCCUCGAGUGAUUCAUUAUUACUGGAAGUUGUGAAGCAAGUUAAAGUUAGUGACUUGGAAGAAGAUGGGCUUGAUCUCCCAGAAGAGGAAAACCCUCUUAAUAUAAAUGAAAAGGAAGAGCCGAGCCAGAAGGAGAAGCUGGUGCUUUCGGAGGACUGUGAGCUCAUCACAGUAAUGGAUGUGAUCAGUGGGCGUUUGGAAGUCACCACUCGGCACAUUUAUUUCUAUGACGGAAGCUCUGAGAAGGAGGAGGGUGUGGGCUUUGAUUUUAAGUGGCCUCUUUCCCAAAUUAGAGAGAUUCAUUUGCGUCGGUAUAACCUGAGGAGGUCUGCCCUGGAGAUAUUUCUUAUUGACCAAACAAAUUACUUUUUGAACUUUAAAAAGGAGGUUAGAAAUAAACUGUACAGUCAAAUUCUCUCUCUUCGUCUGCCAAACCUGUACGGGACACGAACCCCCCAGGAGCUGCUGAAGACAUCAGGAUUAACUCAGAAAUGGGUGAAUAGAGAGAUUUCAAACUUUGACUACCUCAUUCAGCUAAACACAAUAGCGGGAAGAACAUAUAAUGAUCUGGCUCAGUACCCUGUGUUCCCAUGGGUAAUUCAGGACUAUACGUCAGAAGAGCUAGACCUUAAUAACCCAGCAGUUUUUAGAGAUUUGUCCAAACCCAUUGGAGUGGUGAAUGAAAAAAAUGCAGCAGUUGUUCGUGAGAAGUACGAAAAUUUUGAAGACCCUAUGGGCACCAUUGAUAAGUUUCACUAUGGUACGCAUUACUCCAAUGCUGCUGGUGUAAUGCAUUAUCUGAUACGAGUGGAACCCUUCACAACUCUACAUAUCCAGCUCCAGAGUGGAAGGUUUGACUGUGCUGAUCGCCAGUUUCAUUCCAUUCCUGCCACCUGGCAAGCUCUUCUGGAUAAUCCAAACGAUGUGAAGGAACUGAUUCCAGAAUUCUUCUAUUUCCCAGAGUUUUUGGAGAAUCAGAAUGGUUUCGAUCUAGGAAGAUUACAAAUAACAAAGGAAAAGGUGAAUGAUGUUAUUCUUCCCAGAUGGGCCAAGUCACCUGAAGAUUUCAUCAGAAAACACAGAAAUGCACUGGAGUCAGAGUUUGUUUCAGCUCACCUCCAUGAGUGGAUAGAUCUGAUUUUUGGGUACAAACAGAGAGGACCAGCUGCAGUGGAAGCGCUCAAUGUCUUCUACUACUGUAGCUAUGAAGGGGCUGUGGAUCUUGAUGCUAUUGCAGAUGAAAAAGAAAGAAAAGCAUUAGAGGGGAUGAUCAACAAUUUUGGGCAGACACCUUGUCAGCUGCUAAAGGAGCCUCAUCCAGUACGUCUUUCUGCAGAGGAAGCUUUGCUGAAACAGAGCAAGUUGGACACCGCAACAAUCAACCUGUUUCAAAACCUCCCUGACCUGAAAUCCUUUUCUAUAAUCGUAACAAGUGAAGAAGUCUCUGUUGUUAAAGCCAUUGUUCCAAAGAAUCAGCUACGGUCUUUUAUGUCUCAGGGAAGCCCAGAACAACUGGUAACAUUAAGCCAGAACCUAAUUAUUGGAAUCCAUGGUUGGCUGCCUUACAAUAAAAAUCCCUCCAACUUUACAUUCAUCAAGGAUCAGACUGUCACUAAUCCAAAGACUCAGCGUCUCCUGUCAGGUCCCUUUGCUCUGGGUCUUGAAAUUACAUCCAAACUGUUUGUGGUGUCCCAUGAUGGAAAGCUACUGUUCAGUGGUGGUCAUUGGGAUAACAGUAUCCGUGUAACAUCGCUUACGAAGGGCAAAGUGAUUGGGCAACAUAUCAGGCACAUGGACAUUGUGACGUGCUUAUCUAUUGAUUACUAUGGCAUCCAUCUCAUUUCUGGCUCUCGAGACACAACAUGCAUGAUUUGGCAAAUAGGACAGCAGGGUGCAGGUUCAGGCGACAUGUCUGCAAAGCCUGUGCAGAUACUUUAUGGUCACACAGAUGAAAUAUCCAGUGUUGCCAUUAGCACAGAACUGGACAUGGCUGUAUCUGGGGCCAAGGAUGGGACUGUGAUUAUUCAUACGAUUCGGAGAGGACAGUAUAUGAGGACGCUGAGGCCCCCAAGCGACAGUUCACUUGUAAUGACAAUACCUAACUUGACGGUGUCCUGGGAUGGACACAUUGUCAUCCACAGCAGUAUUGAAGGGAAGGGAACUCUUAAGAACAAGAGUGCAUUACAUCUGUACAGUGUGAAUGGGAAACACCUGGCCUCCGAGAACCUAAAAGAACAAAUCACAGACAUGUGUAUUAGUGGGGAGAACAUUGUGCUAGGAAGCAGGCAAGGAUUUCUUUCUGUAAGAGAUCUUUACAGCUUGAGUCUCAUCCUUUCCCCUUUAACCAUGCGUGUUCCCAUACAUUGUGUUUCCGUGACCAAAGAGAGCAGUCACAUCCUUGUGGGUUUAGAAGAUGGCAAAUUAAUAUUUGUUGGUGUUGGAAAACCAGCAGAGGCAAGAUCAGGCCAAAUCUCUCGAAAGCUUUGGGGCUCUAGCAGGCGGAUUAAUAGUAUCUCUUCUGGAGAAACGGAAUACAACACACAAGAGAUCUAACACUUUAAUACGAGUUUCUGGAAAUUACCAUUCAGCUCCAACGGCGUAAUCUCUACAGAGACAUUUCUGAAAUAAUGAUUGUAACGGACUUGUCAUGGACUCACAGGCUCAUCUUGGAGUGUCUUAUUUGAGAUUUUUCUUUA